AUGGAAGAGGAAGAGGUUCAUAUCGCAGUGGGAAAGAACACCAGAAAGGAGGAGCUUAACAUACGAUGGGCUGCUGCAAAGUUUCCAAAGGCCACUAUAGUUCUUGUGCAUGUUCACUGGCCCUCCGAAUGGAUGCCCUUCAUGGGUGGCGAAGUGUUAUACAAGUUUGCCGAUGAAAAGGAGAAGGAGAGGCAUAGAGACAAAGAAGCUUCAGCUAUGAUGGAGAUGUUUUCCAAGUACAAAAGUCAAUGUGGUAAAAGAAAGAACUAUAGAGCACCCAGAACCUUCGGAUUUGACCAGGGUGAAGGUGCUCAGUAUCGAACCCAGGCCAUCUAA